AUGUUGUGUCUGCAACUGAGUCGUCUACCCAUUGUUAGCUUACAGAGGCUAUUCAACGCGCGUGACGCUCGCAAGCCAUCACUCGGGCUUUCAGACGAGUUGCUUGCUACAUUCCAGGAGUAUCUACCUGAGGACGCCACUGCAUGGGUCUCAAAGCAUCGUCAACAACUCUGCGAUGUCAUUGGCACGUCUGCCACUGACAGUUACGACAAACUCAUUCAUCAAUGUUUGACCAAAGGAGGAAUUGGAUACAUACAAGAGCACCUCUUGCCGUUUUGUGCAGAGGCUUCGACAGAACUCUACCUACGUACACUCGCCGUUCGCAUCCAUCAAGAUGAAGUAUUUGUCAAGUCACAUUCCAAACGCAAAGUUGUCCGCGAACUCCUCAUAGCUGCCAUGUCGAAGACUAAGAUCUAUGGUCCGAUGCACAUGACACACAACAGCACAAUUAUCGAAUCUUCCUGGACUCUGCUGUACUCCUGCGUGGAGGCAAAUUGCGCGGAUGUCGCUGCUGCUAUCAUCAAGAAAUUGACUAACAAAAGUGAAGUGCCCGACUCCGAUCAUGGCUUCAGAUGGGCUUCAUCUGUUCUCUUUGUGUUAAUCGGCAACAUACACAAGAAACUGGCCGGGAGUCCCAGCUCCACCAUCCUCUUAUCCUGCAAAUUGUCAUUAGAGCAGGCCGCAUGCGACAUGUUCAUCGACGGCUUGCUUGCGAAGACCUUCGAGGAUCCCCGUUUUGCAAAAUCAAAACUAGACCCGCUGAAGUCGGCAACAUUCUUCGAGUCUCCGGACAUGGCCGCUUCCGUUAUCGCAAAGUUGCCAGAGCUUCAUCAGCAUUACCAGCAGGAAAUACUCGCGAUAUGGCAGCCGUAUUUAGGCCACAUUUUGCGCAGUCAGACUUUGAUUACGGACGUCCCGUCGCUGGUUGAGCGAUUUAUCAAAGACGUAUCGACAUCUGGUAUCGACUCCUCGAUGACGAUCGUCUCGUCAUACCUAGAAGUGGGUCUCCGGGAUCAAGCACGCCUUUUGGUGGAUCAGAUUGUUCAACGAGCUUUUCCAUCCCCUUCGCACAUGAAGAUCGACGGUGCCACUGGACGUUAUAGCGAACAUUCCAAUAGCCCGUCGAUGAUUCGAGCCUUCUUCUUCAAACUGGUUCGGAUGGCGUCCCAGAGCGGGGCCCUCGCUGAACUGGGUCCCGUCCUGUGUACUCUGCUUAUCCGUUGGGCACAACUAGACAUGGAAGACCGUGGCAUUAUCGUCACGGAAACGUUCAAGAAGAGUUUUAUCCGCAGGCGCGAGGACUGGUUCAACAAUUGCGAGUGUAAGACGUGCUGCACGGUAUUUAGAUUUCUCAGCUCGACCAGCGACGCCGGUCAUCUCUGUGUCGUUCUCAAAAUCGAACGCUUGUCGCUCACAGGGUCUGGGUGCACUGUUAGACACAUCGAAAAAGUACUGAAAGCCGUCGUUAUCCCCGAGAUUGUCACUUUGAAAGUUGAGACAAAUACGAGUGAUGACAAGCUACGGGACGUCUGGAUGUACAAGUCCCCUCAACUGUUCCGACCUUCCGAGUCGCCGAAGCACAAAGCCGCUCUGAGAAACAUGCUCAAUGAAGUCAGCAAAAAUGAAGCCGAGCGCAGCCAGAUCCUUGGGCCUGGGUACGAGCCCUUGCGAUCUUAGAUGAACAGUCAAGACCCUCGUAUGUCGGGAGCAAGUGUUGAAGACAGAGCGGAUACAGACUCCGACGACAGUAUAAUACCAGGCAAGCAGCCUCUAAAAAGGAGGAGACUGAACACUAGCAGUACCGCAGCCUCAAGUCGUGUGUUCUGAUGAGCGUUUCU